UCAUAUUUACUGCGCGAGAUUAAAGCAGUAGUCAAAGUGUAGUCUUUGGAAUUUGGGCUAGGUCAUAUCUUCGAUGGCGCACAGGUUGCUAAGGAAUGUGGAGGCGGACGGUUGGGAGCGAUCGGACUUCCCCAUCAUCUGCGAGUCAUGCCUCGGCGACAACCCCUACGUUCGCAUGACCAAAGCCGAUUACGACAAGGAGUGCAAGAUCUGCACCCGCCCCUUCACCGUCUUCCGGUGGCGCCCCGGCCGCGACGCCCGCUUCAAGAAGUCCGAGAUUUGCCAGACUUGCAGUAAGUUGAAGAACGUCUGCCAAGUCUGCCUCCUCGAUCUCGACUACGGCCUCCCCGUCCAGGUCCGCGACACAGCUCUCGCCAUCGGCUCCGACGACGCCAUUCCCAAGAGCGACGUCAAUCGCGAGUUCUUCGCCGAGGAACAUGACCGAAAGGCUCGGGCUGGAAUCGAUUAUGAAUCGUCGUACGGGAAGGCGAGGCCGAAUGACACGAUUCUGAAGCUGCAGAGAACGACGCCGUAUUACAAGAGGAACCGGGCGCAUGUGUGCAGUUUCUUUAUUCGGGGCGAGUGCACUAGAGGUGCUGAGUGCCCUUACCGGCACGAGAUGCCCAUCACUGGCGAGUUGUCUCAGCAAAAUAUCAAAGAUCGAUACUACGGAGUCAAUGAUCCUGUGGCAAUGAAGCUACUUAACAAGGCUGGAGAGAUGCCCUCCCUGGAACCGCCGGAGGAUGAAAGCAUUAGAACCCUGUAUGUGGGUGGGAUUGAUGCAAGAGUCUCUGAGCAGGAUUUAAGGGAUCAAUUUUAUGCUCAUGGCGAAAUAGAAUCUGUUAGGAUGGUGCUCCAACGAGCAUGUGCUUUUGUAACAUACACAACAAGAGAAGCUGCAGAAAAGGCCGCAGAAGAACUCUCCAAUAGGCUGGUGGUGAAGGGUUUGAGGUUGAAGUUAAUGUGGGGUAGGCCGCAAGCACCGAAACAGGACUUGGAGGGCACAGAUGAGGCUAGGCAACAGGCCGUGGCUCAUAGUGGCUUGUUGCCUCGCGCAGUCAUAUCCCAACAGCAGAGCCAAUUACAAGACCAAUCUGCACCACCAGUGCAGCACUACUACAACAUCCCACCUCCAGCUUCGCAGGAGGGAACGUAUUAUCCAUCCAUGGAUCCUCAAAGAAUGGGUGCAGUUGUUCGAUCGCAGGAUGGAGCUCCAAGUGGUCCCAGAGGGUCAGGUGAGAACAGUUCUGGUUCCGAGAGGCAGCAUUAUGCUUUUCAAAGUAUGGCUCCUCCACAUGGUCAAUAUAAUCAGCAGUUUUAUCCUCAACCAUACAGCAGUUAUAUGCCUCCACCACCUUAUCAGCAAUACCCUCCGCAAUAUCAUGCUGCAGUGCCACCACCACCAUCCUUGCCAAUGAAUCAACAUUACCAGCAUUCUGCAACACCAGGGACUGCACCCUCAGGUUCUACAUCGUCUGUACCUGCACAAUCCAAUUCUGGACCUUCCGAGUCUGGCUCUGGGCCUGUGCCAACAGGGUCAUCACAGCAGUGACAGUACCCUUGUAUUUGUGCUUUAAUAUCUUGGUGUAAACACAGUUAUGUGGGAAAAAGUGGCCUUUGUCUUCUGGAAUCCUUUUUUUUGUACGAUUCUUCAGGAAAGUAAUCUGUUUCUUUCUUAUA